AAAACAACAUUGUUCCAUGCUUGAUUUAGAUCUUAACUGUCCUCCUCCUAUUGAAAAGGAAGAAUUAUUGGAGAGUCAACAAAGUGAUGAAGCUGUACCAGAGGCCUCGGUGAAGGAGAAGAAGAAGAGGGCAGCAACAGAGGACAUAGCUAGAAUUUCAUUAUCUGAUCUUGUAAAAAAUUUUGGUCGUCCCAUUGCUGAAGCUUCAAGAAAUCUGAAUGUUGGACUCACUGUACUUAAGAGAAAGUGCAGGGAACUUGGUAUACCUCGUUGGCCACAUAGGAAGAUCAAAUCCCUGGAUUCCCUUAUACAUGAUCUCCAGGAUAUACAGGAAGAUACAGAGCUGCAGGAAUCGGAGGACAAGGCAACAGCCAUACAAUUGGCAAAGAGGCAAAGGAUGUUGGAGAGUGAAAAGGAAGGUAUAGAGAGGACACCAUCCAUGGAGAUUCAGAGUGAGAUCAAGAAAUUCAGGCAAGGUGUUUUCAAGAGCAGACACAGAGCAAGAACUUCUGCUAAAGCGAAAAAAUGUUCAUCAAUCUCUCCCAACUCAAAGCAUCAUUAAAUAAUAUUUAGAACCUUAAUUAAUACAAAC